UCUUAUCUCUCUCUGUCUCCAUGACCUCUAUUGAUUUUUCAUCUUCAUCAAAAUCUUCUCUACAUGGCCAUGAAGAAACAACCUAAGCCGUGUAGUUUCCUCUUCCACGUCUCUCUAUUCUCUGCGUUGCUCGUUUUUCUUCUUAUUUCUUUUGCUUUGACGGCUUCUUACAAGCGUAAAUCAGGCAUUGUUAAUGGUCUCGGGUGCCAUAAGAGGAUUCUCGCAAGUAAUUUUGAUUUUACACCGUUUCUCAAGAACAAGAACAGAGAUCGCACCCAACAGCAACGUCAAAGUCAAAACCUGGCCGGAACAGUAACCGGUUCAUGGUACAACGAUGAGGAACGGAUCGUACCUAGCGGUCCAAACCCUUUGCAUCACUAGCUAGCUAAAAGCAGGCGCCACGAAUAAAAGUCGAGUGCGUACGUGUUUUGGUGAAUGCAUACAACUUUAUGGAAU